AUGGGGGCAGUCCAAAAUCCGUGUCUUUUCAUACUGCUGUUUCUCGGGGCCAUAGCCGCCCUAAUAAAAUCCAGCCGUGCUGAAGAAGACGCCAUAGACGUGGGAGAAACUCUGUCAGGCAUCCAAAGCAAAUCUUCAGCAAACGGCAUCUACAGGUUAGGUUUCUUUCCGUUGUACGGCACAACAAACUGGUACCCAGGCAUCUGGUACGCCCAAAUGAACACCCCGACGGCCGUAUGGCUAAUCAACGUGGAUCGCCCGUUGCAGGACAAUUCGGCUGUCCUGAAUCUCACAGAAAACGGCAGCCUGGUGCUCUCAAAUGGCACCCUACAGCUCCCCGACUACUCGGUCAUAUGGGCGAGCAACGGGACGUCAAAACCCGCUUCCACAGCCAACAUAACGAACGAGGGAAACCUGGUCGUAUAUGGAGCCCACGAAAGGUCCGAGAUACUCUGGCAGAGCUUCGACUAUCCGCAGAACGCGUUCAUACCAGGAAUGAAGAUUAGCGAGAAGCAGCGGCUGACGUCGUGGAAGAGCCCCUGGGAUCCGACCCCGGGGCUCUACAGUCUCCUGUUGGAUGCGCCUAAUGAUCAGUUCAUUCUGCAGGGGAGGAAUUCCGUCAAGUACUGGGAAUCCGGGGGCUGGAACGGCCAAAUCUUCAGCAAGGUCCCCGAGAUGACCCGGGAUUUCGUGUACCUGUUCGACUAUAUCAAAAAUGGAACGGACAAGUAUUUCACUUACAGCCUCAAGACCGGGGUAACUGGUCCGACCCGUUUGAUCAUGUCCGAGUCCGGUUCCAUUAACCUCUACGCCCAGCUGGACAAUACAAAUGUAUGGACCAUGUUUUGGGCUCAACCUCGAGAUCCGUGCCAGGUUUAUGCUUUCUGUGGGCCCUAUGGGACGGCCGGCUUAAACAGCACACACUAA